AUGUUUCACGGCAAUGCAACUCUUUCCACCGAUAUAACACUUACUGCUCUGGCACAACUUGGAGUCUACCGCUUCAACUGUAAUCGGUCAUUCGUGACCCUAAUUGACAGUCAUGAGAAGCAGGUCCUUGCGGAAGCAACUGCUUCCAUUUCCUUGCGUAACGAAAGGAAACAUGCCAGCGGGGACGGUUUAUAUAUGGGGAUCACCUCUCUCAGCCCAAACUCAGACCUAUUCUCACGUACUGUCAAGCUAUCCAAUACCGAAGACAAGUCAGAUACGAUAGAAACCCAACAAGUUGUAGCCCAAGAAACCAGCUACGUCGCGUGUGACCUUUCCCAGAUGGAAAAUUUUGAGGGGAUGUCCUCUGUGGACCAGUGGUCCCAUAUCCGAUUUUACGCCGAAGUUCCGUUACACAGUCCCUCAGGUUCUAUACUCGGCACAUUUUGCAUCAUCGACAAUAAACCACGUACUGCGUUUGGUGGUGACGAUAUCGCUUCAUUACAGGAGAUUGCGGAUUCGAUUGCACACCACCUCGAAACUUCCAGAAUUGCACGCUGCCAUAGUAAAGCCGAUCGUCUUAUGAAUGGACUCACAAGAUUUUCUAAAGGCCGGACAGACUCGAAGGGCUUCGAAGAUAUCGCGAAAGAUCAACUAGAAGAGCAAGGCUCUCCCCUACGUGGGUCUAUCUCGGAUUUCACUUCUGUCGAAUCCCACGAUACAACGGACCGGGCCUCUGUGUCAACAGCACCUACCGAUGAAGUGUCUCCAUUUUUUCAGAAGCAUGGACCUCCCCAAAGCCCAGGUCAAACACCUGUCCCCUUGCACGGACAGGGUUUCUUCAAUAUCCCGAUACCGAUGACACCUUUGUCUGAAAAAUUACAUGAUAAUCAAUUCAGCGGCGAGGAACGGACAGAUGUGCCUAGUAGAAGCACUUUUGUAUCUGUGUCAGAGGCAUCUGGUAUCUCUCAACGUCUCGCAUCGGUGUUUUCCCGUGCAAGUGAUCUACUCAGGGAAUGCAUGGAGUUGGAUGGAGUAGCUUUUUUAGACGCGGCCCGACGAAGCUCUCGAAGCAGUGAUUUGGAGGGGCUACCCAAAGCCGCCCAUUCUGGCAUGAAUUCUCCACAACCAGCAAGCCUUUCGUCUGACGGAUUCUCGGAGAAUUCGGAAAGACUAUGCGAACCCUUGGGUUUCUCAGUCGUGGAGGAUUCGAACGGAGCCAUUAGCAACAUCCCGAGAUUUGGAAUAACAGAAUCAUUGUUGCGUGAUAUGCUAAUCGCGUUCCCCCACGGUCAAGUCUUUAACUUUGAGGAGUCCUCACAGGGUGGCUACGCGUCGAUGCCCACCCAACAGGAAAUAUGUACAGGGCUUGCAGAGCACCUUCCAGAGGCGAAAUCUGCUCUCUUCCUUCCAUUAUGGGACUGGAAUAAAUCCCACUGGCUGGCUGGGGCUAUCAUGUGGACACGUGACAGCGAGCGACCGUUGGGAAUGGAGGAGCUGCAUUAUCUGAAGGUGUUUGGGGAUUCCAUCAUUGCCGAGGUAGCGAGGGUCGAUUGGGCCAGCACGGAGAAGUCCAAGUCGGACUUUAUCUUAUCUGUCAGUCACGAACUCCGCUCUCCGCUGCAUGGAAUGCUUGCCAGUGCGGAGUUGUUGCAGUCGACGCCUCUGCAGCCGGGCCAACAGGAAAUGGUGAAGAUGGUUGAAACAUGCGGCCUGACCUUGUUGGAUACCAUGAAUUACCUGCUUGACUUUACAAAAAUCAACCAUCUGACGGCAAGCCGAAAGAAAAACACAAACGGCCAAUUAUCGAGAUUGACUAACCUGGUAACGGUAUUUGAUUUGGAUGCAUUAAUCGAGGAUGUCACCAACUCGUUAUACGCUGGUCACCAGUUCCCAAAGCACGCGUCGCAGUUUGGGGGUCGAUAUCUGCCCGCUGGAUUUGGAGGAAAGGCAUCAGCAGUCGACUCCCAUAUUUCGGAUGCACUAUCUGUGAUUGUACGCUUUGAAGACCAAAAAGCAUGGAAAAUGGAAUCGGUGUCUGGGGCGUGGAGAAGGAUCGUGAUGAAUCUUGUCGGGAAUGCCCUCAAGUUCACCAAGGCGGGUUUGAUUGAAAUUUCCUUGUCUAGGGUUGAAAGAUGCGACUCGAAACCCCUCGCUCACCUAUCGGUGAAGGAUACAGGACGAGGAAUCUCACCUGAUUUCCUGGAGGACAAGCUUUUCACUCCAUUUUCACAGGAGGAUAUUCUGUCGGAGGGCGUCGGACUCGGCCUCAGCAUCGUGGACCAGCUUGUGACCUACCUUGGCGGACACAUUGACGUGGAGAGUGAACUUGGCGUUGGUACCAAGGUUGACGUGUAUAUCCCAGUUCAGAUGGUCUCUGCCGGAGCCGAUCCUUCACCCACACAGAGCCCUCCUGGAAAGGAUGUGAGCAAAGUUUGUCUGGUUGGAUUCAAUGGCUACCUUGAUUUGAAAGAAUCACAUACGGGGACCUUGACAGCACAGGCCAAACGAAAGCUUGCUACCAAAAGCUUUCUCAGUGACGUGUUUCUGACCAAGCCGGGCUGGACGGUAUCUUUUGCCGAUUCAUUUGAAAAGGCGUCGGGUGAUAUUGCGGUCAUUGAUGAAGCGACACUGAAGCGGCUCACGAGAGAUGGUGCUAUCCAUACACAAUUCAAGACUGUGGUUGUUCUUGGUGGAUAUGGUGUGACUAUUAACGCCAGCCGCGCCAUAGCCAACGCAGAAGUCAUCCAAGUGGCUCAGCCAUUGGGCCCUCGGAAGAUUUUUGACACAUUGAAGACCAUACCCACUUCUCCUAGAAUAGAGAGCAUGCGCAGUCCUGCAUUGAGCCGCCCAUCCACUCCGGGCCCCUUGAAGUCGACGAAAGUCCCAUAUCCAUAUGCAUCAGCAUUAGCCGGGGCAUUUGAGUCGCCACCAAUGGCGAGGGAAAAUCUUUGUGAAUUUCCGACCAAGACUGAGAAACCGGUCGACCAUAAGACAUUGCAUGUGUUGGUUGUGGAUGACAAUGAUAUCAACAUGAAGAUUUUGGCCACAUUCAUGCGUAAGAUCGGCUGCAGCUAUGAGACCGCAACGAAUGGUCUGAUCGCAUUGGAAAAGUACCAGAACUCAAAGCGAAGAUUUGACUAUGUGUUGAUGGAUCUCUCAAUGCCGGUCAUGGAUGGCAUUAUCUCCUCGACCAAGAUCCGCGAGUAUGAGCAACAGCACGGCCUACCGCGCACCACCAUCAUGGCGGUAACGGGCGUGGCAUCGGCGACGAUGCAGGAAGAAGCCUAUGCGGCUGGAAUUGACGAUUACCUGGUGAAACCGAUUUCACUUCACGAACUUAAACGAAUUAUGAAAGUUUCAUGA